UCUCUUAGGAGACAUAUGAGAAUUCAUACAGGAGAGAAACCUUUCAGUUGCUCUAUUUGUGGUAAAUCUUUUACGCAGUCAGGUCUGAAAUACCACCUGAAAACUCACUCAGGAGAGAAACCCUUUAGUUGCUCAGUUUGUGGUAAACAUUUUGUAUGCAAGGGGUCUGUUAGGAGACAUAAAAGAAUUCACACAGGAGAAAAACCCUUUAGUUGCUCAGUUUGUCGUAAAAGAUUUCUUUAUAAGGGGUCUUUAAGGAAACAUAUGAGAAUUCACACAGGAGAGAAACCCUUUAGUUGCUCAGUUUGUGGUAAAUCUUUUACUCAAUCAGGACUGAAAUACCACCUGAAGACUCACACAGGAGAAAAACCUUUUAGUUGCUGUGUAUGUGGUAAGAGAUUUGUAUGCAAGGGGUCGCUUAGGAGACAUAAGAGAAUUCACACAGGAGAAAAACCAUUUAGUUGUUCAGUUUGUGCAAAAAGUUUCAACCAGAAGGUGACUUUACAGCUACAUAUGAGAAUCCACACAGGAGAGAAGACAUUUAGCUGCUCUGAAUGUGGUAAACAAUUUGGCUUCAAAAGAUACCUACAGGGACACAUGAGAAUCCACACAGGAGAGAAACCAUUUAGCUGCUCCUUUUGUUGUGUUAAAUUUAAUAAAAAGGGAAAUCUGCAGAGACACAUGAGAAUUCAUUCAAGAGAAACUGUUUAA